AUGAAACCGCCUGCACAACAUCCCGAGUCAUACGUGGUACUGCCACAAGGGCCACAUAAACAAACGGUGAUCAUCCUCCACGGUUUGGGAUCCAAUGGUCGAGACUUCGGAACGGCUCUGCUGGAAACAGCACUUCCUGACGGCACUACUUUGCGAGACGCCCUUCCCAAUGCCAAAUUCGUAUUUCCGACUGCCCUUUUCCGCCGUUCCACCAUGGCCAAACGUGUGCGGCUGACACAGUGGUUUGACAUUGCGAACCUCGAAGAGCCAUCGCGGCGAGCGGACUUGCAGGUGGAAGGCCUGGUAGAAACCACCACAUUCAUCCACAAUCUCCUUCAAAGUGAAAUGGACGUGGUCGGACCCGCGAACGUUGCUCUGGGGGGCUUGAGUCAAGGCUGCGCUGCCGCGCUGGUCGCGUUGCUGUUGUGGCCAGGACGCGACGUACAGGCUGCUUUCGGCAUGAGUGGCUGGCUCCCCUUUCAGGACCUCCUCGUGGCGACAGACCAGCCCGAAUCCGAGGAUCCGACUGAUUCGGUUUUUGAGACGGCCGAGGAAGAACCCAUGUCCCCACCAGAACGCGCGAUCACGGAACUCAGAGAGAUGCUUGAUUGGAAGCCAAACCAGGACACCGCGGCCAAGAUUCCAUCUACACCAAUCUUCCUAGGCCACGGGGCUGAGGACCCGAAAAUCGCGAUACGGCAUGGCGAAGAUGCCGCAAAGGCACUUUCGUCGCUUGGGAUUCAGGUCGAAUGGCACAGUUACGAUGGCCUAGGGCAUUGGUAUAGUGCCGAGGAGCUCGCAGAUUUACUGCGAUUCCUCCGAGAGAGAGGGUUUCAUGAUUAGCAAGGUGAAAGCGCCUAUCGUGAAC